AUGGGGCCGCUGGUGCUCUUAAGCGGUCUGAGGAUGGCGCUGGCGCCGGGUCGGCGCCCUCGGCUGGGUCGGGCUAGCCUCUCCGGCAUCUGGGGCGCAAUCGAAGCUGGUCGUCCGCAAAGCGACGCGGGCGUCCCGCCCCGCGGGGAAGGCCUGCGCGGCCCCCGUCGCCUCGCCCGCGGCGAGGUGAGCCUGACUGUGCUUCGCUGCGGUGCUUCAAGUGGCGCGGUUGAGGAGCCGCAGAGAAAGGGCCUGCUGGGUAGGAUGACGUCCCGCGACUGCGUCGUGCUGAUGGCCAUGGGCGAUGCCCAUCAGCGCACGGGGGACUCGGUGCGGGCCUUGGCGGGGGAGGGGCCGGACCGAUCGGAGGAGGGGCCGUCGGUGGGGCCCAUGGCUGAUCCCGCGACUGCAGAGGCACUCGGUGAGGCACCAUCGGCCAGACCCGUGAUGCUGAUCCUGGUCGGGAUCCAGGGCUCGGGGAAGAGCACAUUCAGCAAGGACCUUGUGGAGAAGGGCAUGUCGACUUGGAUGCGAGUCAACCAGGACUCCGUGCGGUCUGGCGGCAGGGGAACACGGGAGCAGUGCCGGCGGGCCGCCAAGGAGUGUCUCCAAAGGGGCAUCAACUGCAUUGUGGACAGGAUGAAUCUGACUGCAGAUCAAAGGCAGACAUUCAUUCAGCUCGCUUUAGAGCUAGGCUGCGAGGUCCACUCUGUUUGUCUCAAUCUGCAUCCCAGGCUAUGUGCAACUCGUGUGGGACAGCGUGAAAACCAUGAGGGUGGUGUGGAAGGUCGGAUGGGAAGGCGUUUGGUCUAUGCAGCAUACAGCAACCUGUUCCAAAGUGGGCCACCAAGCACAAGUGAAGGCAUCAGGUCAGUGUCAAUUUGCAAUUCCCCAAAGGAUGCACAGAACGCUCUGCUUUUGUGGAGGAGCUUCUCUGGGAAAUUGCAGAAUGUGGAGGAAGCCGAUGGUUUCGGAGCAGUGGGGAAAAUGACCAGAUGGGGCAUUCGAUAUUCCCGACCACUGGGAAGUUUGAAGGCAAGUUUGGGGCAGACGAAAUCCAGGGUGAAGUGGAGUGCAGGAGUGGGCAAGCACAGCAGUCCGACUGGUGGCAAUCAGGAGAUCUCUCCUCCUGCCGUGAUGGAUGUAGUACCAGGGCGAAGGAAGCCAACCAAGUGCCAUCGUGUAGAUCGGUCCCCAAUGCAGUUGCGUGGGAAGAAGGGUGGGGCUGCUGCAUCUGGACUCCAGAUUCUGGAGAUGGGGGACACAGCCCAUCUGGCAGAAAGCAUUUUGGCACAUUCCUGA